AGACAGUUUUUGCAGGGUGACUCCCUGGGUUCUGGAGGAGAGGGAGGGAGGGUAGUGGACACAGGACCGAGCCACGAUGGAACCUAGCUUCACCUCCAAGGACACUUACCUGAGACAUUUUAACCCUCGGGAUUACCUAGAAAAAUAUUACAACUUUGGGUCCAGACACUCUGCGGAAAAUGAAAUUCUCAGGCAUCUUCUGAAAAAUCUUUUCAAGAUAUUCUGCCUGGACGGUGUGAAGGGGGACCUCCUCAUUGACAUUGGCUCUGGCCCCACCAUCUACCAGCUUCUCUCUGCUUGUGAAUCCUUCAAGGAGAUCAUUGCCACCGAUUACACUGACCAGAACCUGCAGGAGCUGCAAAAGUGGCUGAAGAAGGAACCAGGGGCCUUUGACUGGUCCCCAGUGGUGACCUACGUGUGCGAGCUUGAAGGGAACAGAGCCAAGGCGCUGGAGAAGGAAGAGAAGUUGCGGCGCGUGGUCAGGCAGGUCCUGAAGUGCGACGUGACUCAGAGCCGGCCACUGGGCGCUGUGUCCCUGCCCCUGGCCGACUGUCUGCUCAGCACGCUGUGCCUGGACGCCGCCUGCCCAGACCUCCCUGCCUACUGUGCAGCCCUCAGGAACCUCGGCAGCCUGCUAAAGCCGGGGGGCUUCCUGGUGGUGGUGGACGCCCUGAAGAGCAGCUACUACAUGAUCGGGGAGCGGAGGUUCUCCAGCCUCUGCCUGGGCCAGGAGGCAAUAGAGGCUGCCGUGAGGGAGGCUGGCUACUCUGUUGAGUGGUUUGAGGUGAUCUGUCAAAGUUAUCCCUCCACCAUGUGUGACAACGAAGGGCUUUUCACCCUGGUGGGGCGGAAGCUGAGCAAAUCUGUAUGACCCCUUGUGGUUGCAAUUAAAGCAAUUCCUCUCUCUGGCCCAG